UUCUUGGAGGAGGUUAGAUAUCUGGGCGUUAUUCUUGACAGAAAGUUAACUUGGCGGCGCAAUAUAGAAGAGCGCUGCAAGAAAGCUAUAACUGCUAUGUAUGCCUGUAAAUCGGCGAUUGGGAAAAAUGGGGAUUGAAGCCUCAUAUUGUGAACUGGAUGUACACAGCGGUUGUGCGUCCCAUUCUAUUCUACGGCAUAACGGUUUGGUGGCCGUCCGUAGAUAAAUCUACAAUAAGAAACAAAUUAACAGCGGUCCAAAGGGUGGCGUGCAUGAUGAUCACGGGAGCGUUACCAUCGACGCCGACUAAAGCCCUAGAGACCUUGCUUCACUUGCUACCUGUGGACCUAUAUGGUAAACUACAGGCAAGCUGUAAUGCUAUUAGAUUAAAUGCGCUAAUCAAAUGGAGUGACACGAGGUUUGGGCACUCUAGAAUCUUGGAAAAUCUUCCAGAUGACUUUAGGCGCCUGGACUACACAGUCCCGUCUACGGGACUAAAGAAUUAUUUCCGGACAAGGAUCCCCUCAAGGGAAGAAUGGGAGGAGGAUUCGGUCCUGAUAUCGUAUUCUGACUCAACAGCCAUCUACACUGAUGGCUCCAAGUUGGAUCUGAAGGUAGGAAGUGGGGUAUACUCGCAAGAACUCUCACUUAGCCUCAGCUUCCGUCUGCCAGAUCUAUGCAGCGUUUUUCAGGCUGAACUAACAGCAAUAAAUGAAGCUGCAAGUUGGCUUAUCGAUUCUCUAAUUAAUCUGAAGGCGGUAACAAUCUUAUCUGACAGCUAA